GGUGUUACGUUUGUUUGAAAAUCAAACGGCAACUGAAGUUUGUUGGUUUGCUUGGAAAUCCGUUUGCUGCAAUGCAUGUACGAUUGUAAAUAAUAUUCGGAUAUUAAGUAUAAGCGGGCACACGUCGUGUCUGAAGCCAGAAGAUUAUCAAGAACGACAAAAGUAAAUUAGAUUUAUUUUAUUUUUGUCGGAAAAUUGUCUAAUAAAUAAUGGCUACGAUUCGAGUGCACGAGGAUCAAGAAAACCGCAUUGCCGAUAUCUUUCGUGGUAAAGAAAAUAUCGUUGUGCCCGCUCAAAAUCAAGUCCUGCAACAAACAAAACGCGCGGUUUUGGGUGUUUUGCAUAAUAACUGCCAUCGAAUUGUUAAAACAGAUAUCUGCAAAGAUGAAAAGCAUCCAAAAGCAAAAUCUAUUGUGACAGUGCCAUUUGAACCAUUCAAAAUUUAUGAGGACAAAAAGGAUGAACCUGCCUUUAAAGUUUAUGAAGAUAAAUUGGAAGAAGAAACUUCUGUUGUACUUAGGGAUUCGAAAGAGGAGAGAGAAAUAGUAACAAAACAAGAAGUGACUGUUCAAUCGGAACAAAAAAAGCCGAGGUUAGACAUAAAUUCGUUAUCUAUCAACGAUCUGCCAAUAUUUUGCAACAAUCUUCAAGAAAUAAUAAAAAGCAAGCAAGAUGAUGCUUUGCCGCAAGGUAGCCCAAUGUCAUUGGAUAAAUCUCUUUUGUUCCCGAAUUCUUCGAAUAAAGAUAAUAGAACAAAUAAGGAAUCAUCCAGAGAACUUAGAAUUAAUUUCUUUGACGUAGAAGAAUAUAGGGCAGAUAUAUAUAGUUAUUUACGUGUUGCAGAGAGACAACAUAGACCAAAACCUGGUUACAUGAAAAAGCAGCCAGAUAUAACAUAUUUAAUGAGGUUGAUAUUAGUAGACUGGCUUGUUGAAGUAGCAGAAGAAUAUCGAUUACAAACAGAAACAUUGUAUUUGGCUGUUUCUUAUAUAGAUAGAUUCUUAUCAUAUAUGAGUGUCGUUCGGGCAAAGUUGCAGCUCGUUGGUACUGCUGCUAUGUUUAUAGCUGCAAAAUACGAAGAAAUUUAUCCACCAGAUGUUGGUGAGUUUGUAUAUAUUACGGAUGAUACAUAUACCAAGAAACAGGUAUUGCGAAUGGAACAUUUGAUUUUAAGGGUAUUGUCUUUUGAUCUUACUGUACCGACACCUUUGGCAUUUCUUAAAGAUUAUUGCAUUAGUAAUAAUCUGUCAGAAAAGAUCAAAUUUUUAGCAAUGUACUUGUGUGAAUUAUCUUUACUCGAAGCUGAUCCAUAUCUGCAAUAUUUACCAAGUCAUUUAGCUGCAUCUGCAGUCGCACUUGCACGGCAUACAUUGCAAGAAGAAACAUGGCCACAUGAAUUGGAAUUAUCAACAGGUUAUAGCUUACAUGAGCUUAAAGAUUGUGUUUCUCACCUGAAUAAAACUUUUCAUAAUGCAUCCAAUAUUCAGCAACAAGCAAUACAAGAAAAAUAUAAAAGCAGCAAGUAAAUACAAACAAAUAUGGACAUGUAGCUCUUUUACUGCCACGUAGUUCUGAAGCUUUGGUGUAUGAAGAUGAAGAAAGUGCAUAGAGAAAUCUGUUAAAACAGUUUCACUGAAUAAUACUAUAAACUUAUACAUAAUUAACGAACCUCCCGUAAUAAAGUCCACGUUCUGAAAAAGUUACAAGGAGGGAAUAGGGCAAGACUGAUUAACUAUUCCACAAAUGGAAAUAUCGAUUGCUAGCAUUAUUUAAUAUGUUCGAUUCGCGUACUCUUUCUCUCUUUUUCUUUUUCUCUUUUCUCUCCUCACUCUCUCUCUUUUCUCUCUCUCUCUUUCUCUUUCUCUCCUCCUCUGUCUCUCUCUCUCUGCCUAAACGAACAUAUUAACUUUACAUAUUCCAUAUUACGCCACUAUGAAUAAUUGUUAACAAUUGUGGCCAAACUUUAAUGACUGUUUUCCGAGCUUCAUCAUUAUAUUAACGAGGAAGCUCCGCAUUACGUUAUCUAGAAAUGGUAUUUUUAUAAGUGUUUUUUUUAGAUAAUUCUUAACCAAACGCACUUGCUAUUCAAAAUACGCAUGUCCAAAAUUUUAUUGCCAGUGAACUGUAAUAAGAAUAAGAAUUGUAAGAGUAAUAACUGUAUUUAUUAAAUGAACAUUAUAUUAUUUGAUACAUAUUGUUGCAGUUGCAACAUGUCAUUUAAAUAUCUGUAAAAUUUAUUGCAACGCUAACAAAUUUUCUAUACUGUACAGUUAUUUAUUUACAAUGCUAUAAGUACUUUAACUCAGAAUUUAUAUAAUUUGCAUGAUUAAAUUUUGACAAAAGGACGACUUCCGCAUUUAGCUAUGGAUUUUUUUCGUUCAGGUACUUUGUAGGUCAUGUCUGUACAAAGAAAAUCUUUUAAUUGCAUGAUGUAAUAUAUUACAUAUUACACACUUCAAAUAUUAAUUAAAUUAUAAUAGGAUGAUGACAGAAUACUUUAUGAAAGUAUAACGUCAAAAUGUUUAUUGAAAUUAAUGAUAUUUUGGACCAAAAAUAUGGUAAUUUUACAAUGUUAUAUUAUAUACAACAUGAUCUAUGUAAACGUGUACUCGAUAUCUAAAACUGCCCAAGUAUUCCCUUCAAUGUGUAUGUACAAACGGAAAUCUGUGCUGUUAUAAAUUUGCAAGUAAAAACGUCAAAUGAUUUUAUAUUAUCAUAAUAAUACAUUAAAUUUUCUGUAUGUAAAAAUGAAUCUCUUUCUACUCUAUGCUAUUUUAAAUAUCAUUAAUAUUUGCACAAGUAAGAAACAGAAUGAUUUAUGCAGUAAUGUUAUUGUACUUAAAAAAAAAAAAAAGAUAAAAAAAAAAGAAAAAAAAAUGACAACGUU